GCUUAUUUCGUGGAUGGAACUGGAUUUGGCGCGGAGGCAACAUCCGACCUGGUCGACAAGCGCAUCGUUCAACGCGAGGGGCGACGCACAUGAACAUCGACGACCAACCAAGGCCUUCUACUCCCGACGCACUCGACGUGAGUGCCGCCUGCAAGGACCGCGGAGGCAGCAGCGACAGCGACUUUUCGUUUCUUCAAUCGCCCACAAAGCCCUUGUCGACGGGCCUCGAGUCGUGGAGAACGCGGUGUUGCCGCAUGUACACGCCCACGCGCAUGUUGGUCGCGUGUCUGUUGGUUGCGGCGGCGGUGGCUGCGAGCGUUCUCCUCGGGUACAUUGUCAGCACCGAGUUCAACGGGAUCACCCCCACACCAAACCGCGACGUGUCGUCAUCAUCGCCGCCGAUUCUGACGGGAUUCCACAAGACGACAUGGGAUGCGAUGGUGUUUAGCUUGCCCAACACGUGCCGCAUCCUAUCGCUGCUGAGCGUCACGAGCGUGCUGUUGUACUACACAUGGAACGAAACGUUUCGGUUCAACGCGAUGCCGCUCAUGCUGCCGCUGCUUCUGUCGCAGCUGGGUCUGCUCACGUCCAAGUUUCUCGUGGCGGUUGCGUCCAUCUUCUCGUCCGACCACGUCGUUCCUGUCACCACCACCACAAAGGCGUCCAGGUUUGUCUACACACCCGUGUGCAAGCCUACAGUCUACUGCGGACUCACGAGCAGCAUCCUCAGUACGACGUUCAACCUGAGUCAGAUCGCGUUUACCGUGGCCAUUACGUGGCGGCUGCUGCAGUCGGUGGGGACCCCCGUCGAGGCGCUAUGUGACACCCGCCACAUCGACAAGCAGAUCAAUCGGUGGAUCAUCGGCAUCGUCGCCUUGUCGUGCGCGGUGGCCGUGGCCAUCACGUUCGCCACCGAGCCGCCACAGCCGCCUUCGCCCACGGCAUGCCAGUACAACCCGUGGGUAUGUACGAGCGCGGAAACCCAGCUUCUCAACAACAUGGUGGCGCCGGCUAUCGGGCUAGGCACUGUCACCGCGCUGUACUUUCGCAUUCGCGCCAACAUUCACGACUUGUACCCGGCGAACGCCCGCCGCACGUUCAAGUCGGUCGCGACGUACUUGAUCCUGGUGUUUGUCGUCACGUGGGGCAUCUCGUUGUUUUCGUUUUCGCUGCUGACGGUUCUGAGGCAACUGCCCGACCCGACUCUCAAGACACGAUCCGCGGCAGCGUUUGCCCCCCCCAGCCGCGCGGCGCUCGACGCGAUCAAGCGCAAGGUGCAGUUCAUGCUGCUCACGUUUGUCCCAUACGACCUCCAGGGGUUUCUCACCAGCGUCGUGGCCAUCUGCAGCUACUUUCGCCUUCGAACGCGGUUCGACCUGGGCCUGAGUCUCAAAGCCAUCAACCCGUCGUCGAUCGAGUUUGACGAACCCCUCGCUAUCCUCGGCCAAGGCGCGUUCGCUGUCGUGGUCAAGGCUACGUGGUUCCCGUCGCGGCAGCUCGAGUACGGCACUGUGCUCGGCUGCUUGUUCCCUACGACUGCCGCCAAGAGCUCGACCAGCACUGACAACCACCCUCGACGACGACCCAUGUCUCCCCAUGACAACACGAGUGUGCGCGUCGCAGUCAAAACGUUCAAGCUCGAACGCAACGGCGCCAACUCGACGCUGAAUGGGAUCCAGGAAGAAGCGUACUUGGCGUCCAAGCUCAUCCACCCCAACAUCAUGGCCACGUACGGGUGCUACACGGUAGGCUCGACGCUCUACCUUGUGUGCGAAUACCUCGGCGGCGGCACCCUCCAAGACGUGAUCGACACGGCACAGCCAUUGCCGUACGAACAAGUGCUGCUGUACGCGCUGCAAAUUGCCUCUGGCAUGGAGUUUCUCCACGGGUUGGCGGUGCCCGUGAUCCAUCGCGAUCUGAAGCCCCUCAACUGCUGCUUUGACCAAACUCACUCGACGCUCAAGCUCGUGGACUUUGGGUUCUCGAGGCUGUUCCGGGCCGACCCGAAACAAGCCGCCAGCAACACGACGCCGCGCCCGACGACGUGCACUGACAGGGAAAUGGAAUCGCGCCGCACCAACCUACCGCUGUUUAGCAGCGCCACGUCCCGGUUUUCACGCGUUCCAGAGCAACUCGGGGACUCGGGGCACACGUGCCCGUCGUUGCUGCUCACGUCGCGCGUGGGGACGGUGUGUUGGGCGGCGCCCGAAGUGCUCUCAGAGGACGAACAGACGCGGUACAGCCUCAAGGUGGACGUGUACAGCUUCGGCAUCAUAUGUUGGCAGCUGUACACUGGCAAGCAGCCCUUCAGCGACAUCCCUGGCAGCGUCUUGGCCGUGGAGGAGGCGGUGCUGCAAGGCACGCGGCCCCGAAUCCCCGACGACUGCCCCGUGCACUUUGCCAAGCUCAUGCGGCGCGCGUGGCAUGCCAAUCCGGACCGCCGCCCGUCGUUCGUGGACGUCGUGCGCGUGCUCGCGGCCGAGCUCAACCAGUUCCACAUGUUUGGCACUGUGCGCAGCGAACCCAAGAGUCCAUGCGACUGGGACUAACUAGGCUUCUAUUUAACGAGCUACUACUAUUUAUGUGUCU